ACGCGCUGCGCAGCGCAGCGUGCGCGCUCCCGCGUCGCGUUAAGUGACUCAGUGGAAGUGUUUCGGAUCGACCGCGCUGCUCUCAGCUGCCUCCCGGAACCGAGUGUCUUCUCCCCGGCCGAACAAACAUGUCCAAACUGGAGCAGGUCCUCAUCCUAGAGCCUUCGUGCGACCUGAAGUUCAAAGGUCCGUUCACAGAUGUCGUCACCGCUAACCUGAAGUUAAAGAACCCAUCAGAGAGAAAAGUAUGUUUCAAAGUGAAGACCACAGCUCCACGCAGAUACUGCGUACGACCAAACAGCGGCAUCAUUGAGCCCGGGGCCACAGUCAUUAUCUCAGUUAUGCUGCAGCCGUUUGAGUAUGAUCCCAAUGAGAAAAGUAAACACAAGUUCAUGGUACAGACAAUCUUCGCACCCGCAACCAUCACAGACACAGAAAACAUGUGGAAAGACGUGAGACCCGAUGAGCUCAUGGAUUCAAAACUCAGAUGCGUGUUUGAGCUGCCUAAUGAAAGUGAUAAAGUGAACUAUGUCGAUGCUGCUACUAAAGCCGCCCCAGCGAUCAACUCUUCUAAAGUGGACAGUCUGGUGGUACCAAAACCAACGAGCGGCUCUCUGGACGACUCUGAGAUGAAGAAGAUUCUGGAAGAAUGCAAACGACUGCAGAUGGAGGUCGGCAAACUGAACGAGGAAAACCGCCAUCUCAAGGACGAAGGUUUGAGACUGCGGAAGUCUCAACGCAGCGACUACAGAACGACUAACUCCAACUCUCUGAUCGGACGCGAAUCCACUGCCAGCUCACUUCCCUCGCUCCUGGUCAUCAUGGCAGCCAUCUUCAUCGGAUUCUUUCUCGGAAAGUUCAUCCUGUAGGUGGCGACGGUGGGCGGUCGUUCUGAAGUGUUUUGCCUGCCUGACGAACGAUUCUGGAGCGAGCAAACGAACGAUCAUAUGGCCUGAUGAAAGAGUCUUUCUGUUGACGUUUCCUUAUCAUUGGCCAGCAGCAUCAUGGACCCCUUUGUGUAGAACCAUCAUCCUACGGGCCCCGUCCCAUAGGGGCUGACACUGUCAGUGCGAGAGUGACGGAUGACUCCAUCUCUCUUUUUCGGUUCAUUUUCUGUUGUCUUUUUUCAGAUGGAUGCAAGAAUCUAUGAACUGCUUUAUUUGGAGGUUUCGAAGACACGUUGAGAGAAUGAUGAUGUAGAAGAUGCAACCAUCUCAAAGACGUUGACGAGUAAAGACGAGUUAAAACACUAACAUAACAACAGCAAUUUGUCCCCCUUCUCCCCAAACUCCAUUUUGGUUUAUUAAAAACUCAGUUGAAGCGUCUGUAUUUUAAUCCUUGCAUCCAAACAAGAAAAUAGCACAUCACGUUUCAACCCUUUGUGUUCUGGACGGCCUUUAAAACCGCCGGAGAUUUCGCCCCUUCACGGUUAGUUUUGUGGUGAUGUCAACAGUUGGACUAGCGACACGGGUGACUCCUUCCUAAUGUACAUUUUGUUCUUUUUUCUGUUCCUAACAAUAUCAAUGCAGACUGUUGUUAUUAUUAUCAUUUAUUAAUAUUAUUAUUAAUGUACUUUCACUCAGAACAGAGCAUUUAUCCACACAAAUGUUCAAUGAUGUCUUCACUUUACUGUCUCAUACUAGACAACAUUGAAGAAAUAAACUAAAAAAUAAAAUAAAACAACAGUUCUGUUUGUGUGAUUUGUAAUUCCGUGAUUUGCAUCUGUUUAUAUUUUCAGUAUUUGUAAUAAUCAGUAUUUACUGUAUUGGGUUGGUAGCGUAGUGAUUCAGCCUUCACACCUCAAGAUGUGAAGUAAUGUUCAAUAAUUCAACGUUCGGAGUCUGCUUAUACCCCGGUUACCACAUGUAGUAUGCAGAAAACACGGACUGAAUUCAUGGAAUCUAGUCAUAAAAAUGGCGUUAGCUAUAAAACGCAGAAUGUCAUGGAUUACGACAUGAAUGUUUGGAUGCACAAUUAAUCCAAUUUAAAUUUGAAAUAUGUCCUAGUGUGAUAAUUAAACUGCAAAAGUCUGUGAUUGAUUUAUUUAAAUAAAUAUAUAAUCUGAAAAUGAUGCACUCUGAAGUGUGCAGCACAUGCAGACUAUGUAUUUAUUUAAACCACAUCUUUACGGGCGGAUUAAUAAUCACUCUGGGCCAUGUAGUGAACUGUUUAUCUGGAGGUGAGAAAUUACCGUCAAAAACACAGAAACGCCAAAAUAAAAGCACGAUAUAAAUGGACGCAUGUGUUUUUGCUUAAAUAUUGCACUUGUUGGGCACAUAAAAUGAUCCUGGAAAUAUCCUGAAAAAUUAUGCCUUGAAAAGAGUUGGAACCCUGUGAGUUGUGAUUGGUCUUUUCUUGCAUCUAUAGCUGCACUUGCCCUUUAAGAACAGUGUUGCCUUAACCCUCUUAUGGUAUUACAAUAUGGCACCUCCCUUUGGUCAUUUUUGACCGGAAGGGUCAGAUGUUUUUUUUUUUUGAUGAUGAUGAUAAUGAUACCAUUUCCUCUUCCCUGAAGAACAAUAAAAUUAUGCAUUUCUUUUGGGAGUUUAUGCUAUUUUGAUCUUGUUUACAUGUACAUUUCUAAAUUUUACCAUUAAUUUGCAUAUAUAGAAAAAAGAACAUUUUUGGAAAAAAUAGAAAAUUCAGAGCCUACACUUCUAUAAGUUGAAACAUGAAGAAAAUAUGAGAAUGUGACAUAAAUUGGAGGCAGAUUGCUGCCAUCUGGUGAACAAAAUAUAAAUAACAUGACUUGAACACCAUGUCAUGUCAGUAACAGCCAGUAGAUGACUGUAGACACAUACUGUGUAGUCUGAUGACUUGUAACCUAAUAUUAGAUUUUAUCACAAGAUAUGCAUUUGGAUAUUUAUUUGGACAUGAUCAAACUAUUAUUUGUCAAAGUUUAGCUGUUUAAAAUUGAUUUGAAGUGUCAGUUUUUGCAGUUUAUGUCAUUAUGUUUGCAAUCAAACCUGACCAUGGUGUUACAAAGAGAAGACACAGAAACAUUUUUCUACCAAUAAUUUAUUUCUAACAUAAAAAUGUAAUAAUAAUGUCAAGAAAAUGAACAUCAAGAAUCAGAAAUUAACUGAAAAUCUGCAUGAAGAUUUAUUAAAAUGCUGCUUUUGUUUUCUAUAGAAAGCAAAAUAUGGGUUUGGAACGACAUGAACAUGAGCAAAUAAUGAUAUGGCUAAAAUUCAAUUAGAGUAUAAGAUAGAAUAAUCAGAGUAAACAUUUUGCAAUAUCAAACUUUCUGUAGUAAAAAUUUGUUUUGCAAACGUGUGUGUGUGUGUGUGUGUGUGUGUGUCAGAUUGCUGUCAUCAGCUGGAAAACAACAGAUGAUUUGUAAUGCCAACAAUGACCAUAAGAUGUCUGUAGAGCUCCACUUAUUGAUGCUGUGUAUGUGUGUGUGUGUGUGUUCUGCAUUGUGUUAUUGUCUCACCCCUUCAUAUCUGAGAGUGUGUUUAGCAUUAUGACUGAUUUAUUGUUUUUUUUAAAGUCUCACCAGUUCACGUGUGUGUGUGUGUGUACGUUUUGCACUGAGGAUGUUUUAGAGUCUCACCCUGUAAUUUCUGUCUUUUUUCUGCAUUGUGGCUGAUCUAUUGAUUGCAUUUGACAAAGAUUUAAAAAAAAAAAAAAAAAGAAAUUCUCUGUUUUUUGGUAUUUCCAAUUCAUUUUUAAUGGUCGGUCAGUUUUGACCACGAAUACCAAAGGUGUCUUUUUUUUUUUUUUUUUUU